UGGGAAUUUAAAGGUCACCGGAAGUUAGGAUCACAAGCAGUGUUGCUAACUGUCAGCUCCAGUGACAGUACCGUGAGUGUCUGGCACUGUACAGAAGUAAUAGUCAGAGAUAUUGGACAGUGUGCAGGAGCAAUUACCGUAGGAAGAAUGUGGCCAGACCAGUGAAUGAGUCACAGUAUUGAUGGUGGAAUUGAUGUCUGAGAAAGCUUGUUGCUGUUGGCUGGAAAGUAAAGCGACCAGACGACAGGGAUAGUUUACAAUAUGGCCAGUAGCAACUACAGAAUAAGACAGAAAGAGAAAACCAAGGCAGGGUCUGAGGUGUUCCCAACCAAGGAGGAUAUCAUGUCCACUUUGGAGCAGUUUGGAGAGAAGAAUAACUCUGAGUGUGCCCCGCCCACUGAUAGCACCCCCAGUACCCCAGGGAGACUAGACUACAGCAGCUAUGAGCAGAUAGACACACCUAAUACUGGCUCUAGUAUCACUAAUUCCUACUGUUCUGAGUGGGAGAGGCUAUUUGAGCGUCCAGAUUACAUGAAGAUAGUCAGGCGGCUGGGAGUGGAGGGGCACCUGAGGAGUACACGAUUUAGGAGUGUCAUUUGGAAGCUGUACCUGGAGGUACUUCCAGAAGACCAGGAUCAGUGGAUAGAGAAGACAAGACAGAAGAGACAGGAGUAUGAGGACCUCAAAGACAAGUUGAUCACCAACCCGCGGCAAGGUCAAGCAGAGGACCUGAGUGUGAACAACCCACUGUCACAGGCUGAGGAGAGUCCAUGGAACCAAUUUUUUCUGGACAACGAACUGAGACUGACGAUCAAACAAGAUGUUAUUAGAACUUUUCCUGAGCUGGAAUUUUUCCAGCAUGACAAGCACGGUGUUCAACCUAUGAUGGUCAAGAUUUUGUUUUGUUUUGCCCGUGCCACAGACUCUAAAUACAAGCAGGGAAUGCAUGAACUUCUGGCACCUCUGAUAUUUGUGCUCCACUGUGAUCACCAGGCUUUCCUUCACGCCACUGAGAUGGAAUCAGUAGAUCAGUUUCCUGAUGAUCAAAGAGACAUAGUGAAAGAGUUACUCGACCCACGCUACAUUGAACAUGAUGCAUACACAAUGUUCUGUCAGAUAAUGGAGACUGUGGAACCAUGGUAUAUUUCCAAAGAAAUUUACCCAAACAAGAAGCAAGGAAUCAUUCAUGCCCAGCCAUUUGUGAAGCUACAGGAUCUGCCGUCUAACGUCAUCGUGAACAAACUGAUCCGUAUCCAGGACUACAUCUUGAAGAAGUAUGACAUUGAGUUGCACAUGCAUCUGGAGAGACUGGAGAUUGCGCCGCAGAUCUACGGAAUACGCUGGGUUCGACUUUUAUUUGGCAGGGAGUUCCCGAUGCAGGACCUGCUGGUAUUAUGGGAUGCAAUAUUUGCUGAUGGGAUUUCCUUUGACCUGGUGGACUAUGUGUUUGUGUCCAUGUUACUGUACAUCAGAGACUUGUUGUUGACAGGAGACUAUGUAACCUGUCUGACCAGUCUAAUGAAGUACCCACCUGUAGGUGACAUCAACUACAUGAUAGAAAAGGCUUUAUACCUGAGGGAACCAAAUGACAGACCUAAACCUCCAAACUACACAUACCAAAUACCCAAUGCAGCCAAGAAGAGGAGAGAUCAAAACAAAAUAACAGCCAGUAAUUUAGCUGAGAAGAUUAAGUCAAGCUUUAAUGCUUCAAGUUUUGCUACGCUGACUAGACGAGGAGGAAGCAAUCGACCACAGACUAUUUCAACGAAUCAAAAGAUCUCCAAGUCAUCUAGUGAACCAAUGAACCUUGUGACAGACAAAUCACCAGAUAAAGAGAAGGCUCCCAGUGUACCGGGCAGUAAGAAGACAGGCUCCACUGCCAGUCUAUCCAAGAUAGAACAGAUGACCAGUGGCCUGGACUCUACCAGUGUGGACAACACCCCCUCAGAGAGUAGCAGUAACAGCAUGGCACGACUGGAGACAACAUCCAGCACUGGUCAGCAGUCCAGUGGAGCAGUUAGUGGGGGAAGAGUAGAGCAGUUUGAGGCAGUCAACAGCAAGGGUCAGCCUAUCAGACCACCGGGUACACCUCCCACCAGACACAAGGGGAAGAAGUUUGCACCAUCUGUAAUGGAGUCUGAGCUGAGUCAUAAACUGGCAUAUGCCCAGGGCCAAGUCAAUGAUAUGGAGGCCAUGGCCAGAUACUGUGCCAGUAAGAUGGAUAUACACAUAGAAAAGCUUCAGUCAGAGUUGCUACAUCAGAAUGUGGAGAAUGAAGAUGAAAUACUCCUGUCUUUAGCUGGACUAAAGCAGGUACGUGACAUUCUGAAGGGAACUCUUAAAUUUCAAAGAGGUCUUGAGUCAGAAGAGUUUUCUAUUAGAGAAAACCACUACCAAGAAGUACAUCAGCAAGCUGAGUCAUCAUUGGACAGAAAGAAGUCAGAUGACCAAUUUUCAACAUCUUCAUCCAAUCAGAAUGGGACAUUCAAUAUGCCUGCUGUACAGCAGUUGUAUGCUGGCAGCAGUGAGGAUGGUUUUAGUGACAGUCCUUCCCCAGUUUUGGAGAACAAAACAUUCUUGAGUGAUAACCCUACUAACACACAUGGGCGAUACGUUAUUGAACCUUCCCCAAAUUUUAGAGCUGACAUUGUUAUGGCUGGAAGUCCACAAACUAAGAAACGCUACAGUCACGAUUUUAGCCGACGCAGACACGGCAGCGGGAGAAGAAGCCACUCUGACUCAGAAGACGCUGCUGGUUUAUUAGAAAGCUCAAUGGAAGUACACAAUCCUACUGGGAAGCUGAGUUUUGAUUGGUCCUGAGAUAUAUUUUUAAAAACUACUUUUAUUGUGUUUGGGUCACAAUAUUUCUUUAAUGUGUCAUUGUACUAGUACAUGUUAGCACUAUUUCAUGUCUGAGAGAAUGAUCGUUAAAUAUUUGUGGUUAGUUUCUUUGAUUUCUAUUUUCCUGACAAAUUGCCAAGAAGUUAAAACCAAUGAAAUGUCUGUUAGAGCUUCCAUUUUUACUUCAUUCAAGAGGAUAAAUACAGGUAUAUUAAGAUAUUUAUGUUGUCUGAAUUAUGCCAGUAUUGUAUGAUAAUCAUUGUGGUAUCAGUGGAUAUAAGAUGAACCCAAAGACAAACUUCUAGUUGUCAGUGCUACUGCAAUAACUUCAUUUCUGGAAAAAAGGUGCUAUUGCUUACACUGAAUUUAGGGAAAAGUGCAACUUAACAUUUUCAAAUAAUAUUGUUUUAAUUACACUAAAGUGUACCAUUGUCAUACUUAAUUUCCAAGUAAGAGAAGGAAUGAAGUGAAGAGAAAAAAUGAGAUGACAAGGAAGUGUUCACCACACUGGUCAAGAUAAGUGAAGCCAACUUUAGAGUUUCUGAGCCGUGACCUGUGUGUAUUUAGACACAACCUUCACUUUUGAAAGAAGUUACAUGCCAUUUCAGAUGGUAAACUGGCAUUAUGAAUAUUGGUAAGUCAUGCUAGAAUUGGGUCAUAUGACAUUUGUAUUAAAGAAGUUAUAAAUGCAAUCAUUCACA